AUGUCGGAUAACAGCGGCAAAAUUGCCGCAAAGCGCGCUGAAAUUGAAAAGAGAUCGAAGGGCGGUGGCGGCUUCCUUGGCAAACUUUUCGGCGGCGGAAGUGGCGGAGACAUCGCACAGGAGUACAUUUCGCUUGGAAAUCUGUGCAAGAUGGAUAAACUGUGGAACGAGGCCGGGGAUGCUUUCGAGAAAGCGGCUGAGCGCUAUCGUCAGCAGGGAGAUUCUCAGCACGACUGCGCGACACAGUUGUCGGAGGCCGCCAAUUGCUACCGCAAAGUUGAUCCAAAUAAAGCUGUCAACUGCCUACAACAAUCUGCCGAAAUUUACACCGAUAUGGGUCGAUUCACCAUGGCAGCCAAGAUUCAUGUUUCGAUCGGCGAACUAUAUGAGAAUGAGCUUGCCGAUCCGAAUAAGUGCAUCACGCACUAUCAACGCGCGGCGGAUUACUACAACGGAGAGGAAAGCAAAAGCGCGGCAAACAAGUGCCUCGAGAAGGUGGCCCAACACUACGCCGAAAUUGAGCACUGGAAGGAGGCUGUCAAUAUCUACGAGCAAAUUGCUUUUUGGACGGCCGACCAUCCGACACUAAAAUAUGGAGCGAAGAACCAGUUCUUCAAAGCAUUGCUCUGCUGCUUAAACAAGGAUCCGUUGGAUACCUCCAUCGCCCUCAAGAAAUACGAGGAUUCGUAUCCGAGCUUUGCGGAUACACGAGAAGCCAAACUGAUUAAGGAAGUUCUCGCGGCUAUCGAAUCCCAGAAUGAGGAGGAGUUCACGGAGGCCGUCGCGCGUUUUGACAAGAUUUCUAAGCUCGACAGCUGGCAAACAGGGCUUCUCGUGAAGGUAAAGCGCCGAAUUACGAAAGGCGAUGAUGAUGAAGAUCUACGC